UUAUUACGGAAACGGUUACCACCAGAUUGACGUCUCUCCCUCCAAAAGGAGCUGGUAGUAGUGGACAUAAAUCAACAGCUUAUAGUGGAGGAAGCAGCAUGGAAAGGAGGACAUAUGGCCAUGGCAGCAGUUAUACCGCAGCCAGUGGGAAUGCUAGAAUGAAUACCUCCUCUUCCUCCUACAAGCAAGCCACCUCUCCUUCUUCCACUCUUACCAAAUCACCUGGCUCCACUUUUGAACGAAAAACCUAUGCUACCCACCAUCCAGCAUAUGAAGGAAGCUCCAGUGCAAAUUCCUCGCCAGAGUUUCCACGCAAAGAUUUCG